AUGGAGUUUAAGGAGGGAGACAUGGUUAUGCUGAAAGUCUCAGCCUGGAAGGGUAUUAUUCGGUUUGAUAAACGGGGUAAGUUGAGUCCUCGUUUUAUUGGGCCAUUUAAAGUCUUGGAGCGGGUGAAUCAGCAAGCCUACAAGUUGGAUCUUCCUCCUGAGUUAGAUGGUAUUCAUAACACUUUUCAUGUUUGUUACUUGAGAAAGUGUUUGGCAGACGAGAUGAGUGUAAUUCCUUUGGAAGAUAUUAGUAUUGAUCCAAAGAAGAAAAUGGUGGAUGAACCGGUUGCGAUUCUCGGUCGAAAGCAGAAGAAGCUUCGUAGGAAGCAAAUCGACCUAGUGUUGGUCAAAUGGAGGCACAAUAAAGGAGAAAGCUUGACAUGGGAGAUUGAAGCAGUGAUGAGGGAUCGUUACCCACAUUUAUUUGUUGCUGAGUAG